UCCAAUCGAUUUUCAGGACUCACAAGUCUUCCCCUGUGCUUGCCCUUGCCCCCCCAGAUCCUCAGUGGCCAGUCUGGACUCACGUUCAGUGACCAGACAGUGAACCCAAGCAGGGCUCCUGCUAGAGUGAGGCAGCCUCUGUUUCUUGCAUGUCCAGCUGCAGAGGAUGCAGGCUCUGCAGAGGGAACGAGAUGCCCUGUGGCAGGGGCUGGAGCUGCUGGAACAUGGCCAGAACUGGUCUGAGGGCCGUGUGGGGGCCCGUGGUGAGGUAAGGGGCUGCCCUGAGAAGAGUGGCAGAUGGGCCUCAAGUUAUCACCACAUCCUCAGCCUCCAACUCCUUCUUUACAAUUUUCUAACAGAUUUACACUCAGAACCUGGUGGCACCCCAUUAGCCCAGAUUCAAAAGGUGAACAUCUGUUUGCAGAAUCUGAUUCAGGGGAAGGUGAUGAGUAUCCUCCCCUGGUCUCCCUGGUCCCUUGAACAGGCUAGUUCCUGCGCCACCCAGGACUGGAGAAGGCCAAGGAAGCAGAACUUGUAGCAGCAACAGGAGUUGUCAAGAUGGCAGAAAGAAGUCCUUCAUCCAAAAGGGGAGAUAGCUCAGCCGGGCUGCCCCAAGGGUCGGAGGGGGCCCCACCAGUGUCUAAACCUCUCAUUCCCCUCAGUUGGUGACAGAAGAGGCUGAGUCAGAACCACCAGCUUCUUUAUUCUGUUUCUUGAC